GGGGACCCAAUGUGGGGGCCUGUUGAAAGGUCAGGUGAGCCCUGAGAAGGGGCUAUGUUCACAGGAGCCGGGUGAGGAGCCAGGCAAGAGGGGCUGAGAGCUGUGGGCGUGUUGAGGAGCGAGGUGAGGCGGAUGCGUGAGCGACCUAGGGAAGGGCCCGGGUGAAACCAGUGUGUGUAGCAGAGCAUGGGGGCCUAUUGCGGGGCCUGGAUGAGCCCAGAGAAGGAAAGGGGGCUUCAGUAAGGAAGAUCUAUUGGGCGCUCUGGGAGAAAGAGGGAGUGAUGUGUGGAGGGGCCCGAGAGGGCGGACCUAUGGAGAAGAGAGGGCUGACUGCUUGAGGACUGACCCUGGGAAUCUCAACUGGUCCAAGCUGGGGCCAGGGCCUGGAAAGGGCCAAAGGAUGAAAUAGCCCACUGCAAGAGAUGGCCAGAACUGGGAGCCUGGAGUCUCGACUGUCCCGGAGAUAAUGGCACUACACCCACGGAGAGUUCGUUUGAAACCCUGGCUGGUAGCCCAGGUAGACAGUGGUAUGUACCCAGGCCUUGUCUGGCUAAAUCGGGAAGCAAAGCGAUUUCAGAUCCCUUGGAAACAUGCAACACGACACAGUCCUCAGCACGAAGAGGAGAACACCAUCUUUAAGGCAUGGGCCGUGGAAACGGGAAAGUAUCAGGAAGGAGUCGAUGAACCAGACCCUGCAAAAUGGAAGGCCCAGCUCCGGUGUGCUCUUAACAAAAGCCGGGAAUUCAACUUGAUGUACGAUGGGACCAAAGAGGUGCCCAUGAACCCUAUUAAGAUUUACGAAGUGUGCGAUAUCCCACAGUCCCAGGGAUCAAUCAUUAAUCCAGGUUCCACUGGCUCGGCUCCCUGGGAUGAGAAAGAUAAUGACCUUGAUGAUGAGGAAGAAGAAGAAUUAAACCCAUCUCAGCAUGUCCCCAUACAGGACACUUUUCCGUUUCUUAAUAUUAAUGAUUCCCCGAUGGCUCCAGCCAGCGUAGAAAAUUGCAGCACUGAAGCAGCGUGGCCAAAGAGUGAACCGCUAGAUAUGGAGAUGCCCCCAAGCACUCUGCAGCAUGACUUCUUCAGCUCUCCUGAGCUCUGGAUUAGCUCUCUCCCAAUGACAGAUCUAGAAAUCAAGUUUGAAUAUCGAGGAAAAGAGACUGGGCCAACCGCAACUGUCAGCAACCCCCAGGGAUGCAGGCUGUUCUACGGAGAAUUGGGUCCUAUGCCAGACCAGGAAGAACUGUUUGGACCUAUUAGUUUGGAGCAAGUAAAGUUUCCAGGAACAGAACAGAUCACCAAUGAAAAGCAAAAGAUUUUCACAGGUCGGCUACUAGAUGUCAUGGACAGGGGACUGAUUCUGGAGGUCAGUGGCCAUGCCAUCUAUGCCAUCCGGCUAUGCCAGUGCAAGGUGUACUGGUCUGGGCCAUGUGCCCCUUCAUCUACCACACCAAACCUGAUUGAGAGGCAAAAGAAAGUCAAACUCUUCUGUCUGGAAACAUUUCUAAGUGAGCUGAUUGCCCAUCAGAAAGGACAGAUUGAAAAACAGCCACCCUAUGAGAUCUACUUCUGUUUUGGGGAAGAAUGGCCUGAUGGAAAGCCUAGAGAGAGAAAGCUGAUUGUGGUGCAGGUCAUUCCAGUUGUAGCUCGGAUGAUUUACGAAAUGUUUUCAGGCGACUUCACACGUUCCUUCGACAGCGGCAGCGUGCGGCUUCAGAUCUCCACACCAGAUAUUAAAGACAACAUCGUUGCCCAUUUGAAACAGCUGUACCGCCUCCUGCAGACCCACCAAGAUACCUGGUCAAUGCCGGCACCAAAUAUGCAGAUGACUCAACCGCUCCCAGCACAAUGACACAUUUGAUUUUUGGCUUAUAUCUGGCUUUACUCUCUGGUUUCUUAUCUGUACAUAUCAAAGGAUAGACUUAAUUCGUGCCUUGCCUGUAUUAAAAUGAAACCUGUGAAAAAUCCUGUAUGCAGAUGGCCAGUUUUCAACACUAGAUAGAAUUAACUUCUUAGAAGUCUAAAUUGAAAAUCUUUAGACACAACAUCUUUAGUUAAUGUUUCUCUCUUCCUCAUCUCUCAGUAGGUUGCUUAUGCAGUCUGCUAUGCAUGUAUCUCAGGUUUUCACUUUGUAAUAUUUAAUUGAAACUCCCAUACUGAUGGACUGUGUAUAAAUACUAGAUCAAUGUAAAACAAUUUUAAUUCUCUUGAAUGUCAAUGUAUUUUCGUAUGCUUUUCAUUAAACUGCUUUUGAGAAAUAAAAUAAGAAAGAACAAUCACAAAUAGUGAUUUUUCUAUA